AUGCCCGAAACCGUCCUCAUCACCGGUAUAUCCGGCUACGUCGCCGCCCACAUCACCCGCGUCUUCCUCGACGCGGGCUACAACGUCCGGGGCACGCUCCGCUCCCUGUCCAGCGCACCAGCCAUCACAGCGCGCUACCCCGGCCACGAAACCAACCUCACCUUCGUCUCCGUCCCGGACAUCGCGGCCCCUCAUGCCUUCGACACCGCAGUCCACAACGUGGUCGGGGUAAUCCACACCGCCAGCCCCUUCACCCUCGACGUGUCAGACAACGAAAAAGACCUCCUCCAGCCGGCCAUCCGCGGCACGACCAACGUCCUCGACGCUGUGGCCCAUCACGCGCCCACGGUCCGCCGCGUCGUCAUCACCUCCUCGUUCGCCGCGAUCCUCGAUCUCGAGAAAGGGAACCGUCCAGGAUACAAGUAUACAGAAGAAGACUGGAACCCGAUCAGCUAUGACGCAGCGAAACAGACGCCUAGCGGGAGUGUCGCGUAUUGCGCGUCCAAGGCGUUCGCGGAACGGGCGCUCUGGCACUGGGCCGGGGAACAUAAACCCUCGUUUUCGGUCGUGUCGGUGAACCCGCCGUGGGUGUUUGGGCCUGGGAUGGAUGGGAAGCAGCGGUUGAAUGAGUCGUUGGAGGCGAUUCGGAGGUUGGUUGAUGGGUCGGCUGGGGGGGAGGUGCCCGGGGUGGAUUUUGCGGGGUUCGCGGACGUGAGGGAUUUGGCGGUUGCGCAUUUGAGGGCGUUUGAGGUGGAGGAGGCUGCUGGGCGCAGGUUCUUGAUUGCGAACGGGAAGUUUGAUUAUCAGCUUGCGGUGGAUGUGAUUCGGAGGGAGUUUCCUCAGUUGCAAGGUGUGCCCCUGGGGACGCCGGGUGUGGCGACGGAGACGUAUACGCCGGAUGGGAGUAAGGCGAGGGAGGUGCUGGGGUUGGAGUAUAGGAGUUUGGAGAGGACGAUGGUUGAUACGGUGAGGUGGUUGAUUGAGAAUGGACAUGUUUAG